AUGGCUAGUGCCGCGGAUGAUGCCGCCGCCGUUGAGGAUGCGGAGGAGCCCCCCAAGAAGCGGAUCUAUAGUGUGAGUGUAAGCCCGGGCGGAUGCAUUUGUUGGAGAGUCUCUAAAACCGGCCAUAGGCAUGCCUACACUGUCAAUCACGCAAGAGAAGAUGCGAUGGCGGCGAGCCGACGUGUGGGCUCUGCACCAGGCUUGGUGUACAGUGUGUCUACACACAACGAAGACGCCGCGGUCCUGGGAAGAAGUCCGUUUACCCACACCCUGCGUAAAGAGCCAGCCGCUAACUUUCAGUGGAGAAAUAAACCCGCUGUUGAUGCGGAAGCAAAGCUGAGAGCCAUAGAGACAUCGCUGGAGCGGAUGGCGCAACUGCACGUCACCGACGGAGGAGCAUCUAGCAGUGGCCCUGGCCGGACUCAACUUCCUGCAGAAGGUUGGUGCACUCACACACGGGCUGUUCAGAAAGAUCUUGCUAAUACCCAUGAAGCCAAUCCGCCACCUGCGACAGCAAGUCUUGACGAUACAGCCAAGAGCGCAGACAUACCUCCCCAUGAUGACCUUGCCAACUCGCCCCGGGACCCUCUCCCAACGACUAACCUGCCUUCUCGCUUCCCGCCAUUGCGAGAUCUCUUCUCGGGACCCCAGCUGCUAUCCACGAUGCGUGCCAUCAGAAGCGACAUGGAAUCACGCAUGGACCACUCCCCCUUCAAGAGGAGAGCAUUCACGAGCUUCCCCCCUCCAGAGUAUCUCCUCGACCUAGAGCAAGCCGUCAUCGAGGACAUCCAACUGUUCUGUCCGACCAUCACCCGCAAGCACUUCCUGGAGCUCGCCGAACAGCAGUACACAGGCGGCGCCCGCGAGAAGACCGCCAUCGACGAUCCCGCCCGUUGGGCCAUCAUCAACGCCCUGUUCGCGACGGCGGUCCAGUGGAGGACGGCGAACGACUCCUUCGAGGACAUGUCGCCCAUGAGCUGGGGCUACUUCAAGAACGCCUUCUCCGUGUUCCCGGAGCUGCUCAUCUCCGGAGGGGGCGUGUCGACAGUCGAAGCGAUGCUGACCAUGGCCACGUUCCUUUUGGGAACGACAGACGCCAGAACCACGUUGCAGGUGGCGUCUUCUGCUGCUAGGACGGCGCAGAUGAUGGGCCUGCACAGGAGAGAGGCGUAUACCAAGCUAGAUGCUGCAAAAUCGCGGCAGCAUCGGCGCGCGUGCUGGGUCGCUUUCAUCGUCGACACGGAAAUGACAGUCCGGUUCGGCAUCUCGCCGUCUUUCGACCUAGGCCAGAUGAACGCGGACCUCCCAGACGAGGGCCUGGCCUCUUUCAACCACGCAAUAGGCAUAACUUGCGCAGAGAAAACGCAAUGCUACGUCAGGAAGUUGGCAGAGCUGUCUCGAAUACGGUACAAGAUCCACGACCAACUUUCUGUUGACAGUAUCAAAGCCCAGGCUGGACCACAUCAUCAGACGGCCGUCCUGGCUUUGAGCGCCGAGCUGGAAGCGUGGAGGAACACGUUUCCCGACCACCUGAGACCCAAACUCACGGCAGUCGUGCAUGACAGGGAACUCGAGACUCACGUUGUGCUGCUGCACGUGUACUAUUUUGACGCCUUGAUCAAGAUUCACACGAACCUGGCCCGCCUCAAGAGCGUUUCAAGCCACAGCCUGACGCUCUGCCAGAACCCCAGCUGGGAGGCCAGCCAGGGUUCGUAUCCCAAUGUGCAAGACGCGUAUGAAAAGUGCACCGCGGCUGCCCGUGCUACGGUCGAGAUUCUACGGUUGACGCCCCCGCAUUCAUUCGUACAUCUAUGGGCUAUGAUUUGCUACCCCGUUGCAGCGUGCCUGAUCCUUCUCUGGUCUGCGCUUGAAGACUCUACAGGCGCGGAAGCGCACGCCAAUGUUAGGGUCCUCGGCCAGUUCGUCCAGUUCCUUGCAGGGCUGCGGGAAGAAGGCUGCGACGUCCGGAACGUGUUGGACGGCUGCUCCAAGUUCUUCAAGAUUGCAAAGUACGCCGUGCACACGCAACGCACCAUCAGGCUCACGAGGCCUCUGGACGAAGACGAGAACGUGAGGGAGCAGCUUGAGACUCUGCGGCUCAAGCUCUCGGGUGUCGCGGAUUGGACACAUUUGGCCGAGGGGCUUUUGAGCAACAUACCGACAUUGUGUGCGCAGGCACGAGAUGUUUUCUCGGAUAUCCUGGAGAGUGAGAAGCCGGGAUCGGACGGGUAUGGGCCGUUGGCGGCAGACAUAUUGAAGCCGCAUAAUCACAACUUCUGUUUCGGCCCCUGA